AUGGCCAGCCAGGACGACUACAGCGACAUUCCCCGCGAGGUCCCCGCCUCCGCCGACACGGAGAAGGACCCCGAGAACGUAGUCCGCGGCCACAAGGCCACGCUCAACAACCCCCAAGUUUCAAAUGAAGCCAAGGAGCACUCCCGCCAGGUCCUCAAUGACAUUGGCGAGCCGUAUGAUCAGUCCGGCGGAGGCCAGACGACCAAGAAUGACGGCCAAAAGGAUCCGGGAAAUGUCGCCCGCGGUUUGAAAGCGAGCAUCAACAACCCCGGCGUGUCUGAUGAGGCCAAGGAGCGGGCUCAGGAGAAGUUGGAUCAGCUAUCGUAG